GGCAGAAGAAGCCGUCAGCUGUGGGGGGCUUUGACUCUCCGUCCGAUUGUGGUUCAGCCUAAAUCCCGAGUAACAGCUACGGAUUCUACUUCAUAAACCGGGAGAUGGAUAACAGUAACCGAACUGUGAUCGUGACAGGUUUCGAGCCGUUUGGAGAACACGCUGUCAAUGCCAGCUGGGUAGCAGUCCAGGAACUGAAGAAACUUGGUCUGGGCAGUAAUGUGGACCUGCAUGUGUAUGAAGUUCCUGUGGAGUAUCAGAAAGUCCAGAGUUUGGUUCCGUCUUUGUGGAAACAGUAUCAUCCACGGUUGGUGGUUCAUGUCGGAGUCUCAGGUAUGUCGACCAAAGUGACACUGGAGAAGUGCGGCAGAAAUCACGGCUACAAGGGCCUGGACAACAGCAGCUUCUGUCCAGACACACAGUGUUGCAUUGUGGGAGGCCCAGACUGUAUCAACUCCAUUAUUGACAUGGACUCGAUCUGCAAGAGAGUGACUGCUUCUGGUCUGGGAGUAGCUGUGUCCGUCUCCCAAGAUGCAGGAAGGUAUCUCUGUGAUUACACGUACUACACGUCUCUGUACCUGAGCCACGGCCGCUCUGCCUUCAUUCACGUGCCUCCGCUAGGAAAGCCUUACAGCGGGGACGAACUGGGCCGCGCGUUACAGGCCAUCAUCCAGGAGAUGCUGGAGCUUCUGGACCAAGCGGAAAAGAAAAUCCACUGCCAGCAGCACAUCCACUAAGUGACCUCAGGCCAGCCUCUCCUGCCCUUCGCCACACAAGACAAAUUGCACUUGACCACAAGUAGCCAAAUGUCUUCUUUUUUAUUUUUUAUUACUGUCCUCUGUUUUGGAGGUAACGAUUCUUUAGAGAUUAGUCUGUUUCCAGAGUCACUUUUUUAUGUUAUUUUGCUAGACCUGAUUCAGUUGUGUCUCAGCAAGGUAAUAAAAAAGAUAACGUGGGAGUCUGAAGGCAACAUUUGGCCACAUUGUAAUCAAAGCUUUUAUCCCAGGGAGCAUUCUGACUUUAGAGCUGAAAAUGGGAUUAAGAUUAAAUCGCCAAGGGAACACGAGUGCGUCUUACAUGUGUUCAUAUGCAGUCAAUGGUGGAGAUACAAAGAGUAAUG